CUGAACUCUAUUGAGAACAGGUUUAAAGGCUGUGAAUGCCUUCUGCUGAGGUAGGCCAUCUCACUGGCCUCUCUUUGCAGGGCUGCUCUCCUUUGUGUCACCCUACAAUGGCGGCACGAGAGCACAACUGUCGCCCAAUACUCAUUGUCCGUCAGCCAAUGAGAGCAGUCCAAAGAGAAGACUGUAGCAGUUUGUGUAUGUAUGCAGGUGUGUUUGUGUGUACAUAUUUGUGCACGUAAAAGGAGUGUGUUCACACGUUGUCUUUUUCUUCUAACCCUGUUUUCUAUUCCCUGACUGCAUGAAAGGUGCAUCAUAUAGCAGGACAACCAAUCAGAGUUCAGCUGUUUGAAUUUAUGCCAGGGAUUUUUGGCUUGUGAGAUUUAAGUUGUGGUGGCAAAAGCCAGUAUUUUCAAUCCCUAAAAAACACUGUCCCAGUGAGACGAGAUGCCCUAUACACCAUCUGGUUUCUUUUGCGACCGGUUAAUCCGUGAAAGAGAGAGAAGGGAUGGCGAAGGAUCCCUGAGCAAACCCAUCCGUUUCAGUGGCCAGGACUACAACACCCUCAAGCAGGAGUAUCUCCAGAAGAAGGCCCUUUUUGAGGAUGAAUCCUUCCCUGCCACUGUGGACUCCCUUGGCUUCAAAGAGUUGGGCCACAAGUCCAACAAAGUCAAGAACAUUGUCUGGAAGCGUCCCAAGGAGAUAUGUGAUAACCCACAGUUCAUUGUUGGAGGCGCUAGCAGGACAGAUAUCUGCCAGGGAGACCUGGGAGACUGCUGGUUGCUUGCAGCCAUUGCAUCCUUGACUCUGAACGACAAGCUGCUGUAUCGUGUUAUACCUCAAGAGCAGAGCUUCUCUGAAGGCUAUGCUGGAAUUUUCCAUUUCCAGUUCUGGCAUUAUGGCGACUGGGUGGAUGUCGUUGUUGAUGACCGCAUUCCCACCUUCAACAACCAGCUGGUGUUCACCAAGUCGGCUGAAAGAAAUGAAUUCUGGAGUGCUCUGCUGGAGAAAGCUUAUGCUAAGCUUCAUGGUUCCUAUGAGGCUCUUAAAGGUGGAAACACUGCUGAGGGGAUGGAGGACUUCACUGGUGGAGUGACUGAAUUCUAUGAGAUGAAGGAGGCCCCUAAAGAGCUUUAUAAGAUCAUGAAGAAAGCUCUGGAGAGAGGCUCCCUCAUGGGCUGCUCCAUUGAUUCCCUGGUUCCAGCUCGCUUUGAAACUCGUACUACAACAGGACUCGUGAAGGGUCAUGCCUACUCUGUUACUGCUGUAGAGGAGUGUAAACAGUCCCAACAGAAGGAGACUAAAGUUCGUUUGGUGCGUCUGCGUAACCCUUGGGGUCAGGUCGAAUGGAACGGACCUUGGAGCGAUAAUUCAAAAGAGUGGGAAACCCUCUCUAAAGGAGAAAAAGAGAAACUUCAGCAUCAGAACGCUGACGAUGGAGAAUUCUGGAUGUCAUUUGAGGAUUUUAAGAAAAACUACACCAAAAUUGAGAUUUGCAACCUGACCCCUGAUGCUUUGGAGGACGACAAGUUGCACAAAUGGACCGUGUCUGUUAAUGAGGGACGCUGGGUUAGAGGAUGCUCUGCCGGAGGAUGCAGGAAUUAUCCAGAAACGUUCUGGACAAAUCCACAAUACCGCCUGCGUCUCUUGGAGGAAGAUGAUGACCCGGAGGAUGAUGAAGUGGCUUGCACCUUUGUUGUUGCUCUAAUGCAGAAAAACAGGCGUAGAGAACGCAAGUUGGGUGCAAAUCUCUUCACUAUUGGAUUUUCCAUCUAUGAGGUUCCAAAGGAGAUGCACGGAAACAAGCAGCACAUGCAGAAGGAGUUCUUCAUGUCUAGCAACUCUAAGGCUCGUUCCAAGGCCUACAUUAACCUGCGCGAGGUGACCCAGCGUUUCCGUCUGAGCCCCGGGGAGUACGUCAUCAUUCCCUCCACCUACGAGCCGCACCAGGAAGGCGAGUUCAUCCUCCGCGUCUUCUCUGAAAAGAGGAACACCUCUGAGGAGAUAGAGAACAGGAUUGAAGCUGAUCAUCCAGUGCCGGCUCCGGCUUCGACUGGGGAAGAGAGUGAGGAGGACCAGCAGUUCCUGUCCAUUUUCCAGCAGAUCGCGGGGGACGUGAGUACUGGGGAGCCACUGAGCGCUGGGGGGAGUCAAAUGGAGAUCUCAGCCAAUGACCUCAAAGAUGUCUUGAACAAGGUGGUGCCUAAAUACAAGGACAUAAAUACUGAGGGCUUCAGUCGUGAGAACUGUAGAAGCAUGAUUGCUCUCAUGGACAUGGACGGAAAAGGAAGACUUAACCUACAAGAGUUUAGACACCUGUGGAACAAAAUCAAACAGUGGCAGGGAAUCUUCAAGUCCUAUGACUUUGAUCACACUGGCACUAUCAGCAGCUAUGAGAUGAGAAACGCCAUCAAUGAUGCAGGGUUCCGUCUGAACAACCAGCUCUAUGACAUCAUCACCAUGCGCUACGCCAAUGAAAGCAUGAACAUCGACUUUGACAGUUUCGUCAGCUGUCUUGUGCGACUGGAGGGGAUGUUCAGAGCAUUCCAGGCCUUUGAUCAAGGUGGAGAUGGCACCAUCAGACUUAAUGUACUGGAGUGGCUUCAGCUAACCAUGUAUGCAUAGACCGACUGUGGAUCCAGGUGAGCCCGGACUCGGAAAGGACCAGAACCACCAGCUCUUACCUCAACACUCAAUGUGCCAGACUACUGUUACCUCUUUCUCUGUACCUCAGCCCACACUGAACACCAGCUCUACAAACUUAACACAUGAUUACUCCUCUUCAUUUUAGUUUUAUAUGAGAUGGCAAGAAGAGUGAAGUGAGUAUUAGUGUUACAGACCGACAUUUCUGGGGGGCGUUGUGCCCAAGCUCCAUAUACAUGGCGGCAUGUCACAGUUUCUGAUUUUCUGUUGUCAUUCAUUCCUCAGAGUAGCUUUUCACAUGAACUUCAUUCAGUUUGUCUACACUGGUGUUACAGGCAGCAUUUCUCUUUUACCUCACCUAGCCUCAAAAGAUGCUAAUGUUCCAUGGCCCUGAGAUUUCCUUUGCCAUAUGCUGAUGGACCUAAUAUAUAAUUGAUUCUCUAAUAUUACAUAGAACUAUAACAAUAAAAAGGAAUCGAUUUGGAUUUAACUCUUGACAAUAUCGCACACUUCUUCUUACAUUGUACACAUGAUGCCUUGCAGUGAUGAGAAAAACUACUUGAAAUCCGUUCACACUGAAACACAAUCCAGGUUUGUUUCUGAUUUCACACCACAUGUGGAUAUGGUUUUAACCAGGUUUGUAAAUCAGAAUUUUGUCUGAACAAAGUGUCUAAGACACUUGGAGACACUUAUCAUCAUACUGCCACUCUUUCUGAUUCAGAUUUCUUAAAAAAUGUGUUUCCAUCUUCACCCAGAUAGCCUCCCAUUUGAUUUGGUUAAAUCAAUCCAUUGAAAAAAGCAUCCAUUAAAUCCACUAAAAAAGCAUGCAUGAGGGCCAUGAAGGUGGUCUUUAUUGUUUCAAAUCCUGGUUGUUUGUGGAGACAAUUUUGUUUAAAUGAUAGAAAAUAAACCUAAAGAACCAAGGAAAAUAAUUCAAAAUUAACAUAGUAGUCAUGGGUCAAUGCGAAGCUUUUUUAUUUUAUUUUAUGAGUGUACUGACUUCAGCUGUUUAAUAAUCGUGUAGUUCUUGGUUUAAGUGCUUUCCCAGGAUCAAUAAAUCAGUUUUUAAGCCUAAUUAUUUAGACAAAAGCACAAGUACGCUAUCAUGCGCUGGUGUGGAUGCUUUUAUCAUUAUAUUAAUAGUUAUCAUUCUUGGUGUGAACGGGGCUUAACGGUGGCAUGCCGGCAAAUGAAGUCAACAGUAAAAUGAUGAAUGAAUGUUUUGUGCUAUUUUAGUGAGAUAACACUUCAACAUAUCUAAUUGUUUUCUAAGAAGACGUCUUUAUUGAUUUAAAAGUAAUGGGAGACCAUUUCUAGCCAAAUUUCCCCUUGGGAUAAAGGAAAUGCACACAGGAGCACAGUGUAACUUUUAUUUAGUUUGUUUCAAUAGCAUGUGUGUACAAAAUGUCUAUAAAGAUUUUAACAGUAUUUGAAAUGAACAAGUGUGAGAAACUUGGGAAUACCAGUUUAGAGGCUGGCUGCAAAUCUCUCCUCAGCAACACACAACUAUAGCAAAAGAGCUGAGACACAUUUCAAAGGUUGUGACUGGGUGGAAAAACUAGCUGUAUCUUUGUAUAUGAUAUAAUGUAAUGAGA